AUUAAAGGCCCAAUUGUAGUACUAAUGUUAUGUGAGUCUAAACAGAAAAAGUGAAGCAACACAUAGUGGAGACGACCGCCGUUGGGAAUGGCCGCCAAAGGUGGAACGACUCCGGCAACAUACUCGCCGUGUCAGACAACCGGUAAAAACAAACCACCACUUUUUAAGGAAGAUUGGAUCCGACCCGAUGCCCGCGGAUUCCACCAGUGUAGACCCGCAUUUUUCAGGACCGGUGCUGUGAAUGCUGCAUCAGGAUCUGCAUAUGCUGAGUUUGGAAAUACAAAGGUCAUUGUGUCUGUUUUUGGGCCAAGAGAGAGCAAGAAGGCAAUGAUGUAUAGUGAUUCAGGGCGUCUGAAUUGCAAUGUCAGCUAUACAACGUUUGCAACUCCGGUUCGUGGGCAGGGUUCAGACCACAAAGAGUACAGUUCGAUGCUUCAUAAAGCUUUGGAGGGUGCAAUAAUAUUGGAAAGUUUCCCCAAGACCACUGUGGAUGUCUUUGCAUUGGUGCUGGAAUCUAGUGGAAGUGAUCUCCCAGUUGUCAUAUCAUGUGCUAGUCUUGCCUUGGCAGAUGCUGGAAUACUGAUGUAUGACCUUGUUGCCUCAGUUUCUGUGUCAUGUCUUGGUAAGAACCUCAUCAUUGAUCCUAUUUCGGAGGAGGAAAAUUGCCAAGAUGGAAGCAUAAUGAUUACUUGCAUGCCUUCUCGCUAUGAAAUCACCCAACUGACAGUUACCGGAGAAUGGUCCACUCCAAAGAUUAACGAGGGGAUGCAGCUGUGUUUGGAUGCUUGUGCGAAGCUUGCUAAGAUUAUGAGGACAUGUUUGAAAGAAUCCGCAUCUGAUGCACAGGAUGAUAGCUCUUAGCAACACAAAGAUCGCUUUUAAAUUGCUUCGUUUUUUUAUCUCUUCUACCUCAACAUUGGAAGAGAAUUUUGUGUUAGGAAGGAGGUAGGGUUAAGAUGCCUUUUAUGUGCUGCAGAUUUUGCCUUUACGAGCUUCUCAAAAGAUAAUGUGAAAGUUAAUUAGUUAAUAUUGCUUAUAUCAACAUAGUUUUCAAAUGCAUGCCA